GCAAUGUUGCAAGGCCCUUAAGCAUCACCUGUGCUGAGCAGCCUCUGUUUUGAAUUGAUUAAACUGCAGGCACAGAGCCAGCAAGCGCUUACCACCCACCUUUGCUGAUAAGAAGGGCCACAGCUUUCUACAAAGGCACCCAGGCUGACGAAGGAAUGCUCCUUGCAAAUAAAAAUGGCUGAAGAACAGAGCAAGGCAUCCCCCCCCGUGUUGGGUCUCCAGUGCCAGACUUUGCUUGAGGAAAAGGGGGAGAUGGGAAUGAAAGUGGAAGAGGAGGAGGAGAUGAUCAAGACAGAAGAGGCCUUGCCAGCCACUCAGGUGGGGACAGUGGGGCAGCCUCUGAGCCGGAGAGAGAUUUCAUUCAUAAAGCAGGAGCCAGAAGAUGGCCUGUCAUCCCGCCAUUGGGAAGCUCAGUGGCAGAAAUUCCUGAAGGCAGCUCAGUGCCCUGGGUCAGGAGAGGAAAUCCCACUUUUGCCACCAUGCAGGGGGGCCGCUAAAGCUUCCUUCGAGGGCGAAGCGCCCCUCAGCCAUGGAACUGCACUUGAAAGAGGAAUGGCAUUACCUGCUGCUUUUAAUGAAGCAGCUCCUCUGAUUGAAAACAGGCAUACUGUUGGAAGGGACGAUCCCAGCCAAGUCCAGGAAAUCAAGAUGGAGGAUGUCAUCAGCUCUGACAUCCAGUGCCAGCAUUUCAGGCAGCUCUGCUACCAAGAGGCCUGGGGCCCUCAAGAAGUGUACAACCAACUGCGAGAGCUUUGCAUCCAGUGGCUAAAGCCGGAGAGGCAUUCGAAGGAGCAGAUCCUGGACUUGGUGAUAUUGGAGCAGUUCCUGGCUAUCCUGCCUUCAGAGAUGCAGAACUGGGUGAAGGCGCAUGCUUCCAGAAACUGCUCUGAUGCUGUGACCCUUGCAGAGGAUUUCCUUUUGAGGCACCAAGAGGCUGAGAAACCAAGAUGGGAGGAGCCAGGAAUGUUCCAGGAUCCUAUGAAUUUCCCAGGGAAAGAAGGGGUAUUGCUGGAAAGUGCUCAACAGCAAUUCAAACAAGAGAAUGAAGAAGCCAGCAAUCCACUGGGUGAUGGGGAGCAAUGGAGGAGGGAUGGAGAGUCUUUCUCAAUGUCAUCAGGAAGAGGAACAGGUUCAGAGCCAGAAGUCCAACCUGAAACUCAAAGUGAGCCAGUGAAGGAUCAAAACUACGAAAUGGAGACAUGGAGGAGCAGUUAUGUCUCUUGCCAGGAUGGUGAAGUUUUGGGGGUUUCAGUCCAACGAGGAAUGCUCAGAAGGAAGAGAGGGGGCAAAGUUGGGGGCAGUGAAAAGCUUUUCAAAGAUGGUUCCAUCCUUACAAGGACUCACUCGGGAGAGAAGCCACACGAGUGUUCAGUGUGUGGGAAAAUAUUCCGACGACGCUCAGAUCUCAACAGCCACCAGCGGACCCACACGGGAGAGAAGCCCUACAUGUGUGUGAAUUGCGGGAAGCGCUUCAACCGGAGCACAAACUUGAUUUCCCAUCAGAGAAUUCACACAGGGGAGAAACCCUACCAGUGCGCAGACUGCGGCAAAACCUUCUCACACAAAUCCGGCCUCAUAAGGCAUCAGAGAACCCACACGGGAGAGAAACCGUACGCGUGUUUGGAGUGUGGGAAGAGCUUCAGCCAGAGACAGCACCUGAUCACGCACCAGCGCAACCACACGGGGGAAAGGCCCUUCUCUUGCCCCAGGUGUGGGAAGAGCUUCAACCAGAGCCAGCACCUUAUUACUCACCAGCGGAACCACACGGGAGAGAAGCCCUUCGCGUGCUUGCAGUGUAGCAAAAGCUUUUGCGAUAAAUCCACCCUGGUUAGACACCAAAGGAGUCACACUGGGAAAAAACCUUUUAAGUGCUCUGAGUGCGAGGAAAGCUUUUAUCAGAGUAAACACCUUCUCAGGCACCAGAGGACUCACACCCAGCCACUGGCACACUAAUUCAGCCGUUUGCAGUCCUCCGGGCAUGGGGAAUGCUAAUUCCUGGGCUGGUGGGGAAUUAUGGGAGUAAAAGCCCACCACAUCUGGGCUAUUUUAGUUGCUUUUUCUACCUUUUUGUUUAUAAAUAUUGCUUGAUCUUCA